AUGUAUGCUCAGCGAUUCAUUUCCGUGGCCAAGCCCCGCGUGGCACUGCCCUCGACUCGUGUUCUUGGAGCUCGAUCCAUUUCAGUUACGCCGCAAUACCAGAAGAGCCCCGUUGAGGCUGCCAAGGAAACAGUCAAGAAGGCUGACCGGGUGGUUGCUGAUGCCGCAGUCAAGGGCAUCGACAAGGGAGCACAAGUCGCCGGCAAAGUGAAGAGCGAGGUGGGCGGCGCCACUGGCGAGACUUCCUCCAAGGCCGAACAAAAACUCAGCGAGGCAAAGGGCGACGUAAAGGGUACCGCCGCAGAAGUCGAAGGCAAGGCCAAGGGUGCAGCCAGCGAGGCUGCAGGCAAAGCCAAGGAAGCCAAAGAGAAGACCAUCGGAUAA